AUAAAUCCACGUGCUUUCUCUCACAUUCUUCUCUUGUUGACACACUUUCUCUCCCAAAUUCCUCUUUCUCUCCACAGCUGAACCCGGCUUCCUCACUCACAAUUCCUCACAAUGUCGGGCAAAAAGAGGAGGAAGUUAAAACUGUUAAGUGAUACAAUUGCUAACAGCAGAAGUGGAGCAACAGAGGUAAAAAAUAAUAAUUUGGAGCUGCAAACUUGGUCUGAUCUUCCAGCGGAACUAUUGGAAAUAAUCAUGUCUCGUUUAGCCCUAGACGAUAAUGUCCGCGCUUCUGUUGUUUGCAAGAGUUGGCAUUCUGUUGCCAAUGCUGUACGUGUUGUAAACCAAUCGCCAUGGUUAAUGUAUUUCCCAAAAUUUGGUCAGUGGUAUGAGUUCUAUGACCCUGUGCAGCGGAAGACCUAUUCCGUUGAGUUUCCAGAGUUGAAUGGAUCUAGAGUUUGUUAUACAAAAGAUGGUUGGUUACUGCUAUACCGGCCAAGAACUGACCGAGUCUUUUUCUUUAAUCCCUUUACUCGGGAGAUUAUCAAAAUGCCAAGAUUUGAGAUGACAUACCAGAUAGUUGCUUUCUCUUGUGCUCCAACAUCUCCUGACUGUGUUCUGUUCACUGUUAAACAUGUUAGUCCUACUGUUGUGGCCAUCAGCACAUGUCACCCUGGGGCAACCGAAUGGACCACUGUUAAUUUCCAAAACCGCUUGCCCUUUGUCAGUAGCAUAUGGAAUAAGCUUGUGUUUUGUAAUGGACUCUUUUAUUGCCUCAGUCUAACGGGUUGGCUAGGGGUGUUUGAUCCAUCUGAACGUACUUGGAGUGUUCUAUCGGUACCUCCACCCAAAUGCCCUGAGAAUUUUUUCGCCAAAAAUUGGUGGAAGGGGAAAUUUAUGACUGAGCAAGAGGGAGAUGUUAUAGUAAUAUAUACAUGUUCUAGUGAAAACCCAAUUAUUUUCAAGUUAGAUCAGUCAAUAAUGGAAUGGGAAGAGCUAAAAACACUAGAUGGAUCAACUCUUUUUGCUAGUUUCCUGUCUUCUCAUUCAAGGACUGAUCUCCCAGGAAUAAUGAGGAACAACAUCUACUUCUCUAAAGUUCGUUUUUAUGGAAAACGUUGCAUAUCAUUCUCUCUUGAUGACUAUAGAUACUAUCCUCGUAAGCAAUGGCAUGACUGGGGUGAACAAGACCCUUUUGAAAGCAUAUGGAUUGAACCACCAAAGGACUUCUCCGGUUUCACAUGAAGAAUUUUAGUGAAACAAAUGAACAUUCCCAAAUCAUUAAUGUGUAGAGCCAUGGUCAUCAUCAGCUUUGGAGAAGAGAAAAGAGAUUGCAGGUUAAACUUCGAAACAUAAUUGUCUGCAUAGAUUUAAGCAAGAGAGACCACAAGUUUAUUGGGAGUUAUGAUUUGUGUGAACUUGAUCUUACAUGAAUAGUUACAAUUACAACAUUACUUUAUGUGUGUAUGUGUGCUGAAUUAUUUGUAUAUAAUCUUUAACAAUCAUCCCUUCACAUUAAGCCACCAACUUCAUAAAAGCUCUGCCUAUAAUUCAAUGUAAUGCCUAAAAUUGUGUUAUGGUUUGUCAAGGUUGUAAGGUGUAAGUUUACUCCCUAACUUUAUUAAUAGGGUGGGGAAGAAAAGAAGGAAGAAUAACUAUUAGGAUAAAA